UUUUAUCUGAUCCAUAAAAAUGAUUUAGACUGGUUUAUGAUAAAAAUGGCGACGAAUAAACAGGGCAAUCAACAAAAACGAAAAUUAUUACAAGUUAAAAAUAAUGUAGAUGAAGAUGUUGACAUUAUUUUGUUUAUUUAUAGGGAACGUUAAAAUCGCCAAAACAAAUCUAGAUGCACCGAGAUUGUGUCCUUACUUAGAUACAAUAAAUCGUCAAUUUUUAGAUUUUGAUUUUGAAAAACUGUGUUCAGUAUCAUUGUCAAGAAUUAACGUAUAUGCCUGCCUUGUUUGUGGAAAAUAUUUUCAAGGAAGAGGUACAAAUACUCAUGCAUAUACACACAGUGUAGCAGAAAGUCAUCAUGUCUUUCUAAAUCUUCACACUUUAAAAUUUUAUUGCUUGCCUGACAAUUAUGAGAUAAUUGAUUCUUCAUUGGAUGACAUAAAGUAUGUUUUAAAUCCAACAUUUGAUAAAGCGCAAAUUGCUCAGUUGGAUAAAAGCGAUAAAUUAUCCAGAGCCAUUGAUGGUUCAUUGUAUUCCCCAGGUAUUGUAGGAAUGAAUAAUAUUAAAGCAAAUGAUUACUGUAACGUUAUUUUACAAGCACUUUCUCAUGUCACACCUUUAAGGGACUUUUUCCUAAGAGAGUCUAAUUAUUCUCAUGUAAAAAGACCACCUGGUGAUUCUUCUUAUUUAUUAGUUCAACGUUUUGGUGAAUUAAUGAGGAAACUAUGGAACCCACGUAAUUUUAAAGCACAUGUUAGCCCACAUGAAAUGUUGCAAGCAGUUGUAUUAUGGAGCAAGAAAAGGUUCCAGUUUACAGAGCAGGGUGACCCAAUUGACUUUCUGUCUUGGUUUAUGAACGCGCUUCAUUUAGCAUUAAAUGGAACUAAAAAACGUGAUUCUACUAUAGUUUAUAAAACAUUUUUGGGUCAUAUGCGUAUCUAUACACGAAAAAUACCUCCUCUUGAAUUAGAUGAAAGUCAAAGAAGUGAGCUUCUUCACACUGUUGAGUAUGGUGAAACUGUAACGGAAAGUCCAUUUUUAUAUCUAACAUGUGAUCUUCCUCCACCACCUCUUUUUAAGGACCAAUUUACCGAAAAUAUUAUUCCUCAAGUCAAUUUAUACACGUUGUUAAAUAAAUUUAAUGCCGUGACCGAAAAAGAAUACAAAACUUAUAAAGAGAAUUUUAUGAAAAGAUUUGAAAUAACAGAACUUCCACCUUAUCUUAUACUUUAUAUAAAGAGGUUUACGAAGAACACUUUUUUUGUAGAAAAAAAUCCUACUAUCGUUAAUUUCCCAGUUAAAAAUGUUGAUUUUGGAGAUAUUUUAACACCUGAAGUGAAACAAAGGCAUCCAUAUACGACAUAUGACUUAGUUGCAAAUAUAGUUCACGAUGGUGAACCUGGUCAAGGAACAUACAGGGUGCAUAUUUUACAUAGAGCCACUGGUCAGUGGUACGAAAUGCAAGAUUUACAUGUAACUCAAAUUCUACCUCAAAUGAUAACUUUAACUGAAGCAUACAUACAGAUAUACGAAUUGAAAAAAGAUACACUUUCAGAAAAUGGUGACAAUAAAAGCGAGAAGACAACAUGAUGAAUGUAAUUUUCUAAAUAAAAUAUUAAAAAUUUUUCA